CUGCCCUCUGAUUGGUUCGUGUGACUGGACUAUUAACAUCUGAUCUGACAUAUCAACAAAAACAACAGGAGGUAAAACGCAGCCACGAUUACUACGAUUAAUGACAGCCUAACCCCUAUAAGCAGCGUUUAUUGCAGAACAAUAACAGACUGGAAACUAUCCGGACUGACUGCUGCUCUGCUGCACUCUCCAGCCUCAGCUCACUGACAUGGCGCAGAACCUCGCCACGAAGUUGUUCCGACCCCCUGUGUUUGUACAGUUUGCGUCUCUCCGGUCCUCCGUCCAGGCGUCUCUCCGGUCGGGCUGCGUGUUUCGGGCGGCGGCGGCGGGCAGACAUUACUCCAGCGAUCCGCCACCGGAGAAAAUCAGCCGCUUCCCAAUUCCUUACAAGAAAGACCUUCCUUAUGAUAUAGUGGAGCUCAUGGAGGAAGUUGAGUCAAAGGGAGGCUUUUUGCCUAAUGUCUUCAAAGUCCUCUCUCAUAGACCUGCAGAGUUCAGAGCCUUCUUCGCUUACUACAAUGAACUCAUGAACAAAGAGACAGGCAGAUUAACCAAGGCAGAUCGUGAAUUGAUUGUAGUGGCUACCAGUAUCCACAACAAGUGUCUUUACUGUGUGGUAUCCCACAGUGCACUGCACCGCAUCUACUCCAAGAAACCCACUCUUUCUGAUCAGGUCACUGUUAACUAUGAGAAUGCGGAUCUGUCACCUCGGGAGCGGGCCAUGCUUGACUUCGCAAUGGCCGUGUGUCGCUGCGACACCAUUACAGAGCAGCAUUUCCAGUCGUUGGAGGAGGUGGGCUUUGACCGUGAGGAUGCCUGGGACAUUGCUGCCAUUGCUGCCUUCUUUGCCAUGUCCAACCGGCUCGCCCACCUCACAGACAUGAGGCCAAACUUAGAAUUUUACAAUAUGGGUCGUGUACCACGGGACAAGAGUAAGGACGCAGGGCAGGUGAAAAAGGAGUAGUGUUAUAGACCAUACUAUUCCUUUGUUUAUAAGGAGGUCAAAGGCUGUGUGUUACACUAAAGCUAAAGGUAUGUCAGUUCUGUUUUUUUUAUUUCUGUCUCCCUGAUCAUGUGAACAAUCAGAUGUUUUCUAAGUUAAGUUGAAAUCAGGUGCAAUAGCAGAUCUACAGGUAUGCAACUUGACAGCAAUUCAAUUUGAAUGUUGCACUGGAAUUAGUCAUAGUACAAAUGUACAAAUGUGAUCAUAAUUUAGGUUGCAUACAGGAGAUGACAGACAUUUCAAAUUGGAUGUUUUUGAAAUUGAAAUCACCCAGCUUGAACAUAGUCCCUAAAACUGAGAAUAUGGUGAAGAUCCCCAAGUUUUCCUUAUAAUCCUUGUGUGUGCAAAUGUUCAGUAUAUGUGAAUGACAGAAGAUUUUGGGUUGUGUACUUUUUGUGCACUUGUGUUGGUUGUUUGGACAGACAUGGUUUUAUUGGUAACUUAUUUACCAUUGUGUCUAACUGUAUUCAUUAUGUCUGCUUAUUUACCUUCACAUUUAGAAUUGUAGGUGGUUAUAUUUCUUGUAUGGUGGGGAAAAGUUAAUAUUUUGCAGCUAGUUGUCCACUAGAUUAAAUUUAACGACACAAUUCCAUAGCUGUUUUUUAACUUCAACAAAUAGGGGUUUGUUUGUUAUUUCUUUGUUCGCAGCAAUGUAAGCUUGUGUUCUAAAGAUCCUCCCUUUAUCUUGUAAAUAAACCAGUAUUUCUUUUGA